AUGUCUGAAGAAGUUAACCCCAAAGCCUAUCCCAUGGCUGACCCUCAGCUUACUCAUAAUAUUCUCAACCUUGUUCAACAAGCCUCCAACUAUAAACAAUUGAAAAAGGGAGCUAAUGAAGCCACAAAAACCUUGAACAGAGGUAUUUCAGAAUUUAUUGUUCUGGCUGCUGAUGCAGAACCUCUGGAAAUUCUUCUUCAUCUUCCUCUUCUUUGUGAAGACAAAAAUGUGCCCUAUGUUUUUGUGCGAUCUAAACAAGCUCUGGGGAGAGCUUGCGGUGUAUCUCGUCCUGUGAUUGCCUGCUCGGUGACUGUUAAUGAGGGUGUCCAAGGCAAUUUGGUGCAUGGUGUUCUGCAAGGUCACCCACUUCUCCAUGGCAGAGUCUCUGGUCCACAAGGUUGUCUGCUUGUUCUCAAACUUCUUGACAAACAGUUGCACAAGGAGGUGCUUGAUCUUGCAGCACGCCAAGGAGUGGUCUGUGUUGCAGUUCACCUUGUGUGUGGCAGAGAGUGUCAGGGCCUACAUGCUGACAAGGAUGACAGAGCCUGUGGUAGUGUUGAGGCAAAGAGUAAGGAGUCUCUCAGAGCCGUUGCUGCCUGUUUCUACCUUAUUCAGCAGGCUGUUCCUCACUGUGAAGCCCACUCCGUGUUGGCGUGUUUCGUCGGGGCUCUUCCUCUGCUAGAAGAAUGUGUAGUCUUUCUCCUUCAGCAAUCCAGAGUCAGCCAGACAUGUUUCCUGUAA